AUGGUCCCGGGUUCAAAUCCCGGUACCUACGCUAGAAUAACAGCAUCAAAAACAUUCAAUGUUUUACGAUGCCAAACAAAUGAUGGAUCCUUGGUCGCCUUAAUAAUGGGAGCUAAAGUACCAGAUACUCCAGCCAUGAAACGAGGAAGAUCAUUGGAAGAAGUAGUAAGAAAGGAGUUGGAAAAAAAAUAUGGCAAGAUUGCACAAUGUGGUUUAAUUAUCAGCCAUGAAUUUCCAAUGGUGGCUGCAUCGCCAGAUGGUAUUUUAAAGGGUGACACUGUUAUUGAAAUUAAAUGUCCAACGAGCCAGAAAAGUUUUAAAUCUUAUAUACAUAACAACACAAUCACAGAAAAGUAUGAAGCCCAAGUUCUUUUGCAAAUGUAUGUAAGUAAUUUAAAAAAAGGUUUAUUUUGUGUGGCAGAUUGGGAAUUUGAAAAAAAUAAUAAAGUCCAUGUAAUACCACUAGAGUAUAAUGAGAUCAAAGUAAAGGAUAUUUUAUAUAUAAUUGUAAAUUUUUGGAAGUUAAACAUCUACAAUGUAUUGUAAAAUCAUUGUAGAAGUUUAACUUAUUUAAUAUAGGAAAAUAAAACA